AGUAGUUUGUGUUUUCAAUCAGAACGUGGCAUCUCUAUUCACAAUUAUUUUUUAUCAACACGUGCUUACCGCUUAUUCAAUGCAUUUUCAUUGCAAUUAUUAGAGCAGCACAAGAAAAGUAAACAGAUGGAGCCAGGAAUUUGCUAUAUAAAAGAGGAGUACCUUGUACCCGAAAUAAAAAACAAUGCUGCACACAAAGAUCCCGUUGAGCACGAUAAUAAAAGGAAAUCUGUCGAAGAUAAUGCAACAGAGAAUGGAAAACCAAAAAAAUAUCAAAAAACGAAUAAAAAAGAAAGAAAACGUGGUCAAAAUAAAAACCGCCCAGUAUUCAAGCAAGACAGUUCACUAUUCUUAUGUCAUUCAUUAAUGAAUGGUCCGGAUUUGGAAAAAUGUGCACAUGCAAAUUGCCGGUAUGUACAUGAUCUAACUGCAUACUUAAACUCGAAACCCGAAGAUCUGGGUGUAAAAUGUCCAGUAUUUGACGCUAUAGGAUUUUGUACGCGUGGUGUUACUUGCCGUUUCGCCAAAGCGCAUCUGGAUGCUAACGGACGAAAUAUCAAGUCGCCACAUUAUGACGAAAAUAAAGCGCGCACAAGUAUGAAUGGAAUAACAAGCGAACUACAGGUGAGACUUCGAAAGCGUGAGUAUGAUUUCACACGCAGCAAACAACUAGUCAGCCAAGCCGACAAAUUGCGUGACGAAAAGAAAAAGAAAGGAGAGGUGAAUGACAGUGAAAAUCCCGUUGGAGGCACAGUUGUUGAAGAUAAAACCACUACUGAAGCAAUUGUGAAAGCAGUGGACCCACCUAACACUGAGAAACCAAUUGGUGCAGUUGUAGAUGACGCAGAAACUGAUGGACGUGAUAUAGCGCAAAAGCCACCUGUCGAUUUCGUCGAAAAACUGAUACUUUCUCCACUGACUACUGUAGGAAAUUUACCAUUUCGACGAAUUUGCAAGGAAUUUGGUGCAGAUAUAACAUGCGGAGAAAUGGCUUGCGCUGUGCCACUUGUUAAGGGACUCACUCAAGAAUGGGCUCUUACGAAGCGACAUGCAAGCGAAGACGUAUUUGGUGUACAGUUAUGUGGUAAUAAUCCAAAUAUAAUUGCGCAAGCCGCACAACUACUACAAGAGACUGCAAGUAUCGACUAUAUUGAUCUAAACAUUGGUUGCCCCAUUGAAUUAAUUUAUCAACACGGCGGUGGUAGUGCGCUUAUGCGUCGAACAAAUAUAUUGGAAACAAUUGUACGUUCAUGUUCAGCAAUGUCGCCAAAAAUACCAUUUACUGUGAAAAUGCGUACCGGUGUCUAUGCCGACAAGAGUGUAGCACAUGAGCUUAUGCCAUUAGUGGAGGAGUGGGGUGCAGCCGCUGUAACGUUGCACGGACGUUCACGUGAACAGCGUUACAUGAAGAGCGCUAACUGGCAGUAUAUUGAGGAGUGUGCAGCAAAAGUAAAACAUAUACCAGUAAUAGGCAAUGGUGAUAUACUAAAUUUUGAAGACUACAUUGAGAAGAGGGAACAAGCGCCACACGUUUCUUCUGUGAUGAUUGGACGCGGUGCCUUAAUAAAACCUUGGAUUUUCAAAGAGAUUAAGGAACAAAAGCCUUGGAAUCCCACUUCUAUGCAACGUUUUGAUAUUUUACGUAGGUACGUUAAUUAUGGCUUGGAACAUUGGGGAUCUGAUAUGAAAGGUGUGGAGAAUACACGUCGCUUUUUGCUUGAAUGGCAAUCGUUCAUGUAUCGUUAUAUACCCUAUGAACUCUUGGCAAAUCCGCCACAGCAAAUCAAUCAACGUCCCCAAAAGUUUCGUGGACGAGAUGAAAUGGAAACGUUGAUGAGCUCGCCCAAUUCAACUGAUUGGGUACGCUUGAGUGAAAUGUUAUUGGGACCGGUGCCGGCUGGAUUUGAAUUUGUGCCAAAGCAUAAAGCUAACGCAUACUAAUAAUAAGCUAAAGUUAGGAAAGUGUUAUACAUAUAUGUAUGUAUAUAUAAUAUUAAGUUUGACAUUUAUACCUGUAUCAUAACGUAUAAAAAAUUUUAAAUAGCAUGAA